AUGUCGGACAUAGCAGUGGCUCCAACAGUUACUUUCAAGAAAAGAGCAACCAAAACAACGGCUAGGAAACGACCUGCAACGCCACCACCUGCAUCAGAAUCCGAUUCAGAUUUCACAUCAUCCGAAGACGAGAACGGCAGACAGAUCAAGAGGAGGCGGAAGAACGCAGGUACGGUAACAGCCUCUACUGGCAAAAAUGUGCGACACGAAGACGCGAGAGUGCCAGACCAGACCGACAGUGUUGCAGUUCGACAGUCUAAUGCAGAUAAUGCUACUAUGCGCUCCAAUUGGUUUGACGAUGAGCACGACAAAAGCCAUGUCAGGAAGCCUGGCGCACCAUCCACCGCCGGAGUUGAUGGCACGUACAAGGGCGCCGCCAAUUAUCAAUCCUUUAUACAGAAAAAUCCAGAUCGCCAAACCAAUGUUGGCCCUCAGAAGCUGAACUCGAAUGUCAGGACGAUCACAGUAACCGAUUUUGCCCCGGAUGUUUGCAAAGAUUACAAGCAGACUGGGUUCUGCGGCUUUGGCGAUUCGUGCAAAUUCUUACACGCAAGAGAAGAUUACAAACAGGGCUGGCAACUUGACAGAGACUGGGAAAUUGGCACGAAAGGCAAAAAGCUCACAGGUCGCACGGUUGCGUCAGCCGACAGAUCUACAAAGGACAAUGAACUCGAUGAGGACGACGAGAAGUUGCUCGAAAGCAUCCCUUUCGCUUGCAUCAUCUGCAAGAAGGCCUAUAGUAAUCCAAUUGUCACAAAGUGCAAUCAUUACUUUUGCGAGGCGUGCGCAUUAAAGAGGUAUCGGAAGGAUCCUACAUGUGCUGCUUGUGGUACGGGUACAGGAGGAGUCUUCAAUGUAGCGAAGAAGUUGAAUCGUCUCCUGGACAAGAAGCGAGAACGGCAGAAACAGAAGCGGGAGCAGGCAAUCGAGAGUGGCGAGAAGGUGCCUGACGAUGAGCCUGAGCCUGUACCUGUAUAA